AUGGCUGAUACCGAAACUGCUGCUGCCGCCGCCCCGGCUCCCGCCAAGACCAAAAAGGCAAGCAAACCCAAGAAAGCUUCUUCUCAUCCACCUUAUGGUCAGAUGAUUAAAGAUGCCAUCACAGAUUUGAAAGAAAGAGGUGGUUCUUCUCGUCAGGCCAUUCAAAAGUACCUGACAACCCACUUCAAAGUCCCAGCUGACGGUGUAUCCAGCGCCCAAUUGAAACUCGCACUCAAGAGAGGAGUCACCAGUGGCCAACUUAAACAAUGUAAAGGAACCGGUGCUUCAGGUUCUUUCAAAGUCGGAGAAAAGAAAACUGAAAAGAAACCAAAGGCCAAGAGCAAGAAGCCCGCCAAGAAAGCCGCUGCUAAAAAGCCCAAGAGUCCGAAGAAGACUGCCAAACCAAAGAAGGUCGCUGCUAAGAAAGCCAAAAAGCCCAAAGUAGCAAAACCCGCCGCUAAGAAGGCCAAAUCUCCAAAGAAAGCAAAGAAGACCGCUGCUAAAAAAACCGCUAAACCAAAAUCGAAAGCCGCCAAAAAAUCAAAGAAGUAA